GCACAAACGGGGAUAUGCUAUGGUAUGGUAGGCAACAACUUACCAUCUGCACCCGAAGUGGUAGCCCUCUAUGAACAACACAACAUCCGACGGAUGAGACUUUACGAUCCAAAUCAAGCGACUCUCCAAGCUCUAAGAGGCUCAAACAUUGAAGUCAUUGUAGGAGUUCCAAACUCAGAUCUCCAAAGCCUUGCAAACAUAGACAAUGCAUAUUCAUGGGUUCAAAACAACAUUAGAAACUUCUGGCCAAGUGUUAACUUUCGCUACAUCGCGGUUGGAAACGAGGUCAGCCCGUUUUGGGGUCCUAACCAAUUCGUUCUCCCAGCCUUGUGGAAUAUCCACAAUGCCAUAGUUUCCGCCGGUUUACAAGACCAUAUUAAGGUCUCAACCGCGAUCGACAUGACACUCAUAGGCAAUUCAUUCCCUCCCUCGGCCGGAGCUUUUCGAGACGAUAUAAGGUGGUAUUUGGACCCCAUUGUCGGUUUCUUAGCGCAAACAAACGCGCCCUUACUCGCAAACAUCUACACUUACUUUAGUUACAAGGGAAAUCCUCAUGACAUUCAACUUCCUUACGCCAUAUUUACCGCACCGAAUGUUGUGGUUCAGGACGGGCAAUUCGGGUAUAGAAAUCUCUUUGAUGCCAUGUUGGACGCACUUUACUCGGCCCUCGGGAGAGUCGGAGGUGGAUCCCAGUUGGAGGUGGUGGUUUCGGAGAGCGGUUGGCCGUCCGCAGGGGAUUUUGGAGCCUCGAUGGACAACGCUAGAUCGUACUAUGUUAAUUUGGUUGAACACGUGAAAGGAGGAACUCCGAGGAGGCCAAACAAGGCAAUAGAGACUUAUCUUUUUGCAAUGUUUGACGAAGAUAACAAAAAUCCCGAAAUUGAAAGGAAUUUUGGAGUUUUUUACCCGAAUAAGCAACCGAAAUAUCCGUUGAACUUUUGGGCGGAAAGAGUCGGGGAUCUUCACGGUGAAACCAAUGCGACGUCAACUAGUCGGAUGUGGAGCGAAAUUUGA